AUGUAUGAGGCUAGCGGAUCGUUAUCGGAUGAGCAUACUUGGCAGGAGGAGAAGGAAGACUUGUUGAUGAUGGUUAUGGUUGUGUUGCUGAUGCUUCUAUCAGUCGUUAUCUGGAUUGCAUUCUGUGUGGCGGUCCGAAAAACAGCGCGAAAGUUUUUCGAAUUGAAGCGUCAAAGAAGGCGACAAGCCCUCAUUACAGCAGCGAUCAACCGUGCAGCUUCGACAAAUGAAGCCGACCGUCACAAUGUUCUUCCAAUUUACAUUGCUACACUUGCUCAUGAGCUUAACGUGUUCGGAGCUCGUGAGGAAGAGCUUCCAACUUAUGAGCAAGCUCUAUCAAUGAGUUGUACUCCUAGCCCAAAUCCGGUCUCAGCGGCUACCCAGAGAGAAAGCGCACCUCCGUACCAACACCGCACUUGCAAACGCGAUCGCGUGCUCAGAAUUGCUCCUGAUCGUCCGGGAUCUCUUCCAACUAUCGUUCUGCCUCCAAGCUACGAGAGCUCUGUUCGUCAUGAGGCAAUGGCAUCGCCUUCAACAAGACCACCAAGGGGACCAUCAACCUCCACUGCAAACAGCUUGUCCCCAAUCUAUACAAUUUCUGGCAACAUGCAAAUCACAGAGUGCUAA